UCCUCCACGUUUGCGCUGUGUUUGUUGGUGCGAGCGGAGCGGUGUCACUGGAACCGAGCCGAGCCGAUCCGAGCCGGGACAGCAGCUGGACUGUGCACCCGAAUCAGAAAAAGAAGAAGAAUAAGUGCAGCGUGCACGAGGACAUUUAAAAUACCUCUUUUAAAAGUCUGAUUUAUUUAUUUGAAUAUUCAAACCGACUUGAACAUUAAUUUCUCAUGUGAACGUGCGUUAUUGCACGUUUGUGUGCUCGAGCGUGAACCUGUGACACUUGCGAUUGAAGUGCAACCCCAAAAGGGAAGAAGAAGAAGAAAUGGAGAAAGCAAACGGCUUCUCCGCGGACAGAAACAUCCUCUGCCUGUUUGACGUGGACGGCACUUUGACACCACCGAGAGAGAAAAUCGACCCACAGUUGGAUGAGUUUUUCCAGACCCUGCGGAGGAAAGUGAAGAUCGGCAUCGUGGGAGGGUCGGACUACUCCAAGAUAGCCGAGCAGCUCGGGGAGGGGGAUGAUGUGAUACACAAGUUUGACUAUGUGUUUGCUGAGAACGGGACAGUGCAAUACAAAGAUGGGAAACUUCUCUCAAAGCAUGCUAUUCAGAACCAGAUCGGGGAGGAGCUGCUGCAGGACCUGAUCAACUUCUGCCUCAGCUACAUGGGGCUCAUCAAGCUGCCAAAGAAAAGGGGAACGUUCAUCGAGUUCAGGAACGGAAUGCUCAACAUUUCUCCCAUUGGUCGGAGCUGCACGCAGGAGGAGCGAAUUGAAUUCUCUGAAAUUGACAAGAGAGAGAAGAUCAGGGAGAAAUUUGUUGCUGCACUCAAAGAGGAGUUUGCUGGAAAAGGACUACGGUUCACUAAAGGCGGUCUCAUCAGCUUUGACGUGUUUCCAGAGGGCUGGGAUAAGAGACUGUGUUUAGAGCAGCUGGAGAGGGAAGGCCUGGACGCCAUCUACUUCUUUGGCAACGAGACCUCAGACGGAGGAAACGACUAUGAAAUUUUCAAUGACCCGAGGACCAUCGGUUUCACAGUCUACUCUCCAGAGGACACAGUCAGGUUAUGUCGGGAGCUUUUCUUUGACUCUCCGCCACACGAGCCCUGAUGUCCUGAAACGCCCCAGAUCACUUUACCCGCAAACACCUUUGACUCCCUGCCUGUGGUUCUGUGCAAACAGAAACUCGAACCCAGGCUAUUUAUGAACUGCUGAAAGGUACCACUACUGAUUUUCUCUGUAUUAUUGAUAUGAUUACUUUAAAAUCAGCGGACAGCUGCAGGAUGAUUUGACUAUGUUUGUACAAUAAAUCCUGCUGCUCUUUUCUUUUUUAAAAAAGGGACAGAACCGGAUGUUGAUAUAUGUGAAAGUUUUGAGUACUGUGCCAGACGUAAUGCGUGACUGCAGUGUCACAUCACUGCGAUGUGUAGCAUGUAACAUAAAAUUAACCAAAAAACUUAGAGAUUCUAAAAUAAUUGCAGUGUUGAAAGUUAUUACUCCAGAUAAUUAGAGUAGAGAAUGAUGUUUUGCACUAAUAUUGGCAUAAUUUCACACCAAUCAUUGGUAUAAGUAUUGAUGAACAUAGCUAUUGGAGACGAUAAGAGUGAGAGAUAUUUUAACAUGUGAGGAAACAUUUAUUUGUUUUGUUUUGUGAGUCCAUUUUGAAAAUGAGAUAUGAAUGAAGCAUUAGAGAAGAUGUGGGUCUUUCUUCCUCUACAGUCGAGGAUAAAUGAGUCAUUCCAGGUAUUUUAAUGUCUCUACAGCACUCUGGGCUGGAUGUGAUUUAUUGUUUAUUUACUGUGUGUUCUAGGGUUGGGCCAGUGCAAAAAAAAAAAUUGAAAAUGGUUUGAUAUUAUUCCAAAAACCGAACAGUAUACCAAAUUUUACCACUAGGUGUCACACUUGACUCAGCAGCUGCUCCUGAGUGAAGCAUAAUGAGACUGAUGUCAGGGCCACACUGCCUGUGUGACAGCAACCUCGCUGAACUGCUGCCUCUUGUGGUGUUCACACAGACAGCAUUGCUGCUGCCUGCUGCUAUAACUACUAUAUUUCCACAAUUAAAAGCCGGCACUCCUAAAAUUUAUAAAGCUGUGCGAACCACUGCGUCAUCAAGAACACAGUCCUGCAAAAAAUCUCACUAAGAAAAGCCUUGUCUUAACGAAUGAAGGAAUUCUGUCAACAGAGAUGUUGAGAGGGCUUUUAUUUUGAAAUGGAAACAGGAAGUGUUGAGUUAAAAAUGAAGAUAUAUAUUUCUUCUGUGACAGAUAAAGACUUUAAAACUGUUUUGAAAGGUGGUACGAUGUCAGUAUGAUUAUCAAAAAACCAUUUCCACUGGCUACGGUUACAUGAUGGCUUCUCAUUCGGAAUGAAAUAAAUCUGAAUGAAAUCAUUCGGAAUUAAAGUCUUUCCAGGUAGUUUACAUGAGAAAUAUUCAUUCCCAAUGAGGGUUUACACGGGAGAUCAGUUCAUUCGCCUUUAUUCAGGUCUGCGCAAGGUUUGGGGCAGGGAAGGUUUCUGAUUGGAUAGGAGGCGGGGCGGAUGUUACGUGUUUACGUUUACCGGAAGAAAACACUGUAGUCCUCGCUCCGGAUAACAAGAUGCUUGACGACGCCGUUCUUAGUGCCUUUUUGGGGCGUGUUUUGCUUAUAUUCUUGAAGCAGCAGUACGACAACAACCUUGUUCUGCUAAUGCUUCAUCUGUUGAGGAGGAGAAGAGGGGUAGAAGACCAUACUGUGGAGAAUGGAGACCGGUGAGUGAAACGAGUCCGACUGCUCUAUCUCAGCCCGUUGCUAUGCAGCCCGUUGCUAUGCGCGCUAUAUACGUCAUCGCGCCAGAAGGGCAAGAAAACAAGCAUGCGCAGAAAGACCGGAAUGAACUUCAAGAGGAAUGAGUGUGUACAUGCACACAAAAUUCUUUCAUUCGGAAUGACACACGGAAUAAACCACCCCCUUUAAUCAGAUUUAAUUUUCAAUCGGAAUGACCGUUUACAUGACCACUUUUAAUCGGAAUGGCCUUUCAUUCCGAUUAAAAGUGGAAUUAAACUGUCCAUGUAAACGUACUGACUGUCUGUUUCUGUUGAAAACGGCACGCUUCACACGGAAAAACAGGCAAGACUCCAAACCUCAAGAUGUAGCAGCAGAGCAGCGCUGCUCACACAGGCAGUGUGGCCUCUCUAACCUGUUAACAUGGGCAUCUAAAAUUAACCAAGGCUCUUUAAUGCACAGGUGCUGCUCACAGAGGCAGUGUGGCCCGGGCAUUAGAAAGCCCAUGAAUGAGAGUGAAGCGGCUCCAGUCCACUUGGUGGCAGUAAUGCAUCUCUGAGCUGGUUUGCCAAUCGCCAAUAAACACCUAAAUUACAAAAAUAAAUCAGCAUUUUUAUUGCUCAGCAUUUUAGUUUUCUUUGAGACUAACUCUGCCAUGUCCUGUCUCGCCACCCCAAAAAACACAUUAACUUUUUGUAAACGUGUGCAGUGCACAUCUACCCCUCUAACAGGUCUACGGAAAUUUGAUCUCCCUCAUGUUGCCGGCCUCGGCUCGGCAGCAAAAUCCAGGUAUAUCUGGUGGCCGACCCGCCACACCUCAUUGCCCUCCCACUUCCCAUGGCCGUCCCCUAAUUUAUCUCUGCUAGCAUUUUAGCUAACAUUAGCCACUUGUUGCCUUUGUUGGUUGAGUUGGUUAGGUUAAGACAAGAGGAGUGAGACUGGUUAGGUUUAGGAUAAGAGGCAAAGCAGUGUGGGUCAUGUCUUCGCCUUUCUAGGGAAAAAAAUCACCUCUGCUUGCACCUCGGCUAACAUUAGCUAGCCACAACGGCACUGUUUUUAUAAUACAUCCAUGCACUGCACAGCCACAAAACUAUUGGUUUACACUCAAAAGAGAGAUAGAGGGGAGAGAGGAGAUGUGGUGAGACAUGACACAUGGUACAGCACCCUUGGGGGAGGCUCAUGAGGAGGAGGAUGAUGGAGGGCAAUGAGGUGUAGCAUGUCCGCCCUUCCACUAGUGUCCUGUCAGACAGUAGUGGCUCCAUUAAUCUGUUAUUAAAAAAAACAUAAUAUUAUGUUUAUCACAUUGUUGCUGGUGUAGACUACUUUUUAAUUUGGCAGUACUUGUCAUAAUGACAAAUACAGCCGGUUCAGACGGUUUGCAUCAACUCAAACCAGUUUCAGCUUUUACACCGAACCAGACCGGCAAAACCUGAAAUCGACCCAACUCUCAUGUGAGCCCUUUAACACCAAAUGUCUGUUUGAACCUCACAAAGCUGCUGGAAAUGGAAGAAACUUGCUCGUGUUGCUUGUUGUGUGUCUCUUGGUUCUAUAAAUGCAUCAAAGUGAAGACUUCUCUUAAAAAGUGAACAUUACUGACUCAAUGAAUUCAUCUUUACCAGUGAAUUAAGCUACUGUGACCGAGUCACUCUACGAACAUUUGUCAGUCAAUGUGACAGCGUUUUAUGUAAAAUAUUUUUACGAGCUGUAUCAUGGCCUGCGCGCUGGGUGAUUAUAUGUAUUGAUGCUUACUGCUUGGCUUCCUGUUGCUAACGUUUUUCAGAUUCAUGCUGCUUUCAACAGCUGCUUAAAGUAAC